GGUCAGAGUGAGCGGUGCGGAGCAACAGAUGCCGCCUGAGAAAUAAGCCUUUAAUGCCCCUAGGGCUCGGGAAAGGGUAACUACACUAACUCACAAUACAGACUUAAGUGAAACCCUUCACGCCACUCAUCCUUGAGUCGCGUCUGGCGCUGCCUGCGCGUCGCGGAUACUUUGGAAAUAUCUCACCUUUACGCGCGAAACAGCGCUUUACGCGUUUAAACAGCGCUGCUUUUUUUUUUUUUUUUUUAAUCACAGAAGAUCUGCUUCGGAUAAAUCCACUCGAAUGCUUUGACAGGUGAAAGCCAAUCUCAUGGCACCCGGGUCCAUGUCUUCUUUACUGCAGCCAGGUGAACCGUACUUUUAACUGCUCCUUAACCGCUUGCAGAGCACUUGAACCACCAUGCCACCCAAGAAGAAGGGAGAGCGUCAGGAGGAUGCCUUUGAGGAGAGGAACGCCCAGGUGCAGUUGGAGAAAGCCAAGUACAAGCCUGUGGCGUUUGCCGUGCGUUGCAACUUCUCCUACACGCCAGCAGACGACGACAACGUCCCCGUGCCAGGCCAGGCUGUCACUUUCGAGGCCAGAGACUUCCUGCAUGUGAAAGAGAAAUUUAACAAUGACUGGUGGAUCGGCCGACCGGUGAAAGAGGAUGGUGUGGUGGGCUUCAUCCCCAGUCCAGUCAACCUGGAAACCAUCCUCAUUAGAAGAGAGGUGCAGGCCAGGAAAGCUGCCAAGGCCUUAGCCAACAAAGCAGCAGCUCAAGCAGCUCAAGACAUGAACUCAAAAAAAUAUACCCCUCCCUCACAAGCUAAUCAGCAGGUGAAAAAGAAACCGGGGGAGCAGGUGGCUAUGUACGACGUAGUGCCUACCAUGCGUCCUGUGGUUCUGAUGGGGCCAUCGCUGAAGGGCUUAGAGGUCACAGAUAUGAUGCAAAAAGCACUAUUUGAUUUUUUAAAACAUCGAUUUGAAGGCAGAAUCACUAUUACACGGGUCACAGCAGACAUCUCUCUGGCGAAGCGGUCCAUACUCAACAAUCCCGGCAAAAAGGCCUUAAUUGACCGGUCCAACACACGCUCCAAUCUAGAUGCUGCCGCCCAGAUCCAGGGCGAGGUGGAGCGUAUCUUUGAGCUGGCCCGCAGCCUGCAGCUGGUGGUGCUGGAUGCAGACACAGUCAACCACCCUCUCCAGGUGUCCAAGACCUCCCUGGCCCCCAUCCUCGUCUAUGUCAAGAUCUCCUCGCCGAAGGUGUUGACCAGACUGAUCAAGACUAGAGGGAAAUCUCAGACCAAACAUCUUAAUGUUCAGCUGGUGGCAGCAGACAAGCUGGCCCAGUGUCCACCGGAAAUGUUUGAUGUCAUCUUGGAUGAGAACCAGCUAACCGAUGCCUGUGAGCACAUUGCUGAUUACUUGGAGUCCUACUGGAGAGCCACUCAUCCACCAGAGAUGGAGUCUGCCAAUCCCCUGGUGGCCCAGCUGGCAGAAAAUACACUGCCCACCAGUCCCACAGCAAUACAGGAUGAGCAGAAAAGCAAGAAGUUGGCAGCCACCAAGAGGAAGAGUUCCCGUGAGAACUACCUGGAUCAGGAGCCCCCUUCAGCCCCUGCUCAGGAGCAGAGGACUGAGGAGGGCCACAGAGAGGAGGAGGAGCGGCCCCUGAGGACUGAACCAAAGAGAUCCCAGCACACCCACCACCACCACCACCAUCAUCACCACCACCGCAGGACGGAGAACCACAACCACACCCAGCACAGCCAACCUUCUGGGAGCAUAGAUGUACAGUCUAGCAGGGAUUAUCCCCAGAGGCUCCCGCGCAGGCACUUACCCGAGGAGAGGGUCGAGGAGGUGGAGGAGGUGGAGGAAGAGGAGGAGGUUCGCUACAACCAUAGGCCUGUGGCAACGCACAGGGACCACAACCACCAUCAUCAUAACAGCAACCACCACCAUCACCAUCACCACCACCACCAACAUCACCGCGCAAACAGCCAGCCACAUGCUGGAGAUGACUAUGAGCUGGAGCACAAUGAACGCAACCGGCAGCACAGGCACCACCAGCAUAUUCCACCACGGACACACCACACGGAGCACUAUCCGGUGCACAAUCAUCACAACUACCACCACUACCAUGGUAGAGACAGAGACAAGGACAGAGAGAGAGACAGGGACAGAGAUAGGGACAGAGACAGAGACAGAGAAAGGGACAGAGAUAGGGAUCGAGACAGGGACAGGGACAGAGAUAGAGACCGAGAUAGGGAGGGGAGGCAUGGAGAUGCAAGACACUGGCACAGGGAUUCCUACAUACACUAGUUGCUGUUGUCUGUACUGUGGGUCAGUGCAUGGUUUAAUGCUGCUCAAGUUAUAAUGCACUAAUGGAUGGGCAGGGUGUAUCGCCUUUAUACAUAUAUGUUUCUCCCCACCAGUCUGUCACUCUGUUUCUCCCUUUGUCACGCACAUACUCUGAUUGUCUUUCUGUUCUUUUUAUCAAUCAAAAGGAUUUUUUAAUCACUGGUAUGGUCAACUUUUUGUUUGUCAUAUGCAUUUCUUUAUUAUCAUCUAAACCAGAUGGCUAUAUCUAUGCGUAUUUCCUGCACAAACGUUUGUCAGGAUUGAGCCCAGCAAUGUCUGGGCAACACAUAUCUAAAUGUUUGUUCACUCAUGCGUCAUUCUGUUUUGUAUUCCUUUUGCAUUGCAUCAGUCUCAUAAUUGAACUGAUUGUCUAGUUUUCUUUUCUACAAAGUCACAAAAAGGGAUUUUUGUUUGUUUUGAAAUGGCAUUAUUAGUAAUCAUUUUGGUCAAAUACUAUCUAAACUAUUUGCUUGUUUCAGUGUCACAUUUUAUUCUGCCCCCAUGUAUUUAAAAUAUGUAUAGACACAUGCAUACCGUGUUACCGGCAUAUCUUUAAAAGCCAACAAUUUAUUUUAAACAUUGGCAAGGAAAGGCCAAAACUAUUUUUCUACACAGUUGUAAAAUGAAGUCAUACUUUGCUUCCUACUUUUCUAAUGGAGUUCACUGACUUGCAUAUGCUCUGUCUGGAAGCAUGAAUAAUUUUUUAGUGACAUUGACUUGUGCUAUGUGCUGGAUACUCUAUGCAUCUUCUUGUGAUAAAAUAUAUUGCUUGAAUACAAUCUCUAUGCAUUUGUAUAUACUUCAUAAAUGCCUUGUUAGUAAUGUGUAAGGAGAACCAGAUAGCCUAUUGCACUGUUUGGUUGAACUUUACCUACAGUAAAUGAGUGCUUUGAUUUGAAAGACUGCAGGUCUACCAACCUGAAUUGACUUUGUUUAUUUCAAAAUUAUUUGUUUUGAAAAAUCUUCAUUUUGUAUAGCAUUCGAGAGUUGGUUUUGACUAAUAGGCAUACUUUUGUUAGAUAUCAUGUGAAGUGACUUUUAUUUGAUGAUUUUACUUUUACUCCACUGACCAUUGAACUUGUACCUGACACAAAAAUGCUUCCAAAAUUAAGAGUGGAAAAAACAAAAAAAGAUGACAUUCCUCAGUAAACAGCUUUAAUGAAUGCUUUUUCAUAAAAAAUGGAAAUAUUGUAUUGGGUAUUAAUAACUAGAGUUUGCCUUGCGUUUGAAUUUACUUUUACUGGUUACCUUGUUGUCUUAACUGAUUGCAGAUUUCUUUAAUAGGCUACACAGGAAAUAAAACAGCCAGAGCUGUGCUUGCC